UGUACACCCUAUAAAUACCUUUUUUAGUUUCCACCCUUUCCUUUUCACUUUUUUUACCUUUCCUUCUCCAUCACUUUUCUCUCACCCUCUCUCUUUUUCUUCUCUCGGCUACGCACAACACUUCCCACUCGUGACUUUCUUUCUCUCCUCUCUUCACCACUUCAUCUUUUUUCCUCUAAUUUCUCUAGCACUUUCACUUCACCAAUCUUCCAAUUUAUUUAUUCUUGAUGGGAAGAAUCUUCCCAAAAUCAUCAUUAUUGAGAAACUUUGGCUGCUCUUGAUGCUCCUCUUUGGCGAAACUAGGAAAAAAUGGGACUGGGCCUCAAAGUAUUAUGAAAUGGAUGGCAUUUAUUUAUCAUCUUAAUCCAUUAUGGUUCUUUGUUGUAGUUAUUUGUUUCAUAGUGAUUACUAUAUCACCAUGAAGUUGAUGAGAUUCAAGAAAGUGAAAAAGAUGUUGUAAAAUAGUUUAAAGAUAACAUAUUAUCUCUUUUAGUUGUGACUUUAUACACAUGCAGUUUUGUUUGUGAUUAGU